AUGAAUUGGAUUUUUCUCCUUUUACUAUGUGUAAACAUCAAUUCAGCACUGAUAUAUACUAUGGCAGAUACAUAUAGACAAGAACAUUGUUCUGCUUUAGUACCAUAUGUGGGACCCAUGAUAUUGCGCGAAUUCUUAAGUGAUUACCGAAAUGUAACAAUCAGUGGACGAACAUUUCGAUUACGUCAAAAUUGGCAACAGAAUGGUGUCGCUGGAGUAAUUUGGGAUUCGGGCAUCGCUUUGGCUCGGUACAUCUCGGAACACCCAGAACUAGUAGCUAAUCGCACGGUGCUGGAACUCGGUGCCGGAUUGGGCUUACCAAGUAUCAUUUCAAGCUAUCAAGAUACUAAACUUAUCCACAUAACGGACAAAGCAAGCGCUCUAGAUUUACUGGAAGAGAAUAUUCGUCAGAAUGCAAAUAACGAUUGCGAUAUAAAAAUUUUCGCCUUGGAUUGGAAUGUUGAUCAACCGCCGCAAAAAUAUCAGGUUAUUCUUGGAGCCGAUCUUAUCUACAUUGGCAUUACAUUUGAACCGCUACUGAAAUUAUUUCGGGAUGCUAGUGAUCAUGAUGCAGUGAUAUAUCUGUCCAGCAAAAUACGUUACCAAAGAGACCAAGAUUUUCACAGCCAAUUUCUGCGGGAACAGUUUGAUGUACGGGAAAUUUUCUAUGAAACUGAGUUUGCUGUAAAUAUUUUUGAAAUUAAAAAAUUGACACAUUAUUGCAACACAUAA